GAGGCAGACAUGGGGAGUGUUGUCUUCCUGUACCUGUCUGCAUUACAUAUUAUUUCAACAGUUGAUGGCGAUGCUUCGGUGAAAGUGACUCAAAUCCCCGACCAUGUGGCUGCCAUCAGAGGGACAAAUGUCACCUUCCACUGUAACUUUCCCUUCCCUCAAGGCAGUUCAGGAGUGAAGGUGCAGUGGGAUGAGGAGGGUGAGAGCGGCUAUUUGGAUACAAAGGAGGAUCGCAGGAAACUAUUUGGUGUAAAAACUAAAGGAAAAGGCUUCUUCCAGUUCCUGAAUGUGAGUUUACAGGACUCUGGAGUCUAUCGCUGUGUAGUGGUCCGUCAGGGAUCAAUAAUUGGAAGAGGAUCUGGAUCGCGAUUAACUGUGUGCGUGCCCCCAACUCCACUGAAGAUUUUCUCUAGGAGUUUACCAAAGCCUCAGACUCUUGUGUGUGAAACUGCCUUGUUUCACCCAAAGGAAAUCACCUUCACUUGGUAUAAAGAUGGCACCAAAAUUGUGCCAACACCAGGAAUAAAGCUGGAAGAGUCAGGUUCCACUGAGAGGCAGAACUCAGAAGAACUCUAUAAGGCCUCGAGCUCUAUUGAAGGCGCACAGUUAGAGUCUGUUUAUACCUGUCAAGUGUCUCACGUCAGCCUCAAUAUUUCAGCUAUUGCCAGCUACAUUAUCCCAGAACCUAAAGCAGGUAAGGUGCUGAAAGAUUUUUAA